CAGCUUUAGACUAUUAAACCGAGCUAAACUUUUAAUGUUGCCAAAAACAAUUAAAAUGACGCAAUGUUUUGCUUUGUGUAGCUAUUUUUUAAUGUUAAACUCAGAUGCACUGCGUUUUAAAAAGCUAAGCGAGGCUGAAGACGAUGUAGGUGGGGGUAGUGGUGCAUCUCGAGCCUGACAUCUCUGCAUGUGCGAGAAAAUAUCUUGGAUGAUACUGUGUACUGUAGUGGUCGGUAGUGGUCGGUCAAUGCAUGAUUCCGCCGUUGUAGUCUGCUCCGUAGCGGCAAAACAGAUAUUGAACGAGCUCUUUAGGCCGUAUGUUUUAGAGGUGAUAUUUUAAAUAGUGCGAUAAUGGGUGUGGAACUCGAAACAAUAUCUCCCGGGGAUGGAAGAACAUUUCCAAAGAAGGGCCAGACAUGUGUUGUGCAUUACAUAGGCAUGCUCCAGAAUGGGAAGAAGUUUGAUUCCUCUCGAGACAGAAACAAGCCCUUCAAGUUCAAAAUUGGACGGAUGGAAGUGAUCAAGGGCUGGGAGGAAGGAAUAGCAAAGAUGAGCCUGGGCCAGAGAGCAAAGCUCACCUGCACGCCGGACAUGGCUUACGGAGCGACAGGCCACCCUGGGGUCAUCCCCCCAAACGCCACACUUGUAUUUGACGUGGAGCUCCUAAAGCUGGAGUGAACACCGGGAUGAAAGGUCAAAGGUUCAACGUUUAUGAGGCUGCAUUUGCCACAACCUUUUUUCACAGGGAGACCAUGCUGGCUGCUGCCUCCCACCAUCCAGCUACAGUUCUUCCCUUUGAUUUUAUACCAUCUUGUUCAGUUCAACAUUUAAAGUAUCUAUUGCUGCUUUGUUGCCAACUCGUCAUAUUAGAUACUGCAAGAAGGUCUUCACAGCUCUUAUUGCAAGACCUUUUCACACAAACACACACACGCACACACACACACACACACACACACACACGCACACACACACCACAGUUUAGUUUCUUUGUCUCAGUGUUUGUCAAUUGGUUUACCCACACGUUUUCUUUUUUAUUACUUCAUUUGGAGGUUGUAAAUUUUGUUGAAUCAAAAAGAAAUCAGAUAGCUGAUGAAAGCUGUACUACAUUGUAAUCAAAACAUACUGCCUUACAGUUUUAAAAACAGAGGAAGGGUACAUGUUGAACGUACAAUACUUCUGCUCUGUGUGUUAACUGGGCAUUAACAACCACUGUCUGCAUUGCCACUUUGAUAAAUAAAGGUUUGUCCUGCUGAAUGCUAUGAAUGAUGUUGCUGUGUUUAGUAUAUUUUGUAUCCCUCAUAAACAUUUGCUGCACGUGUCCCGCAGAGAGAAUCCCAAUCCAAUACUGUACAGAACUCUUUAAGAGCCAUGGCUACAAUGACCGUUUUAUCAAUCAACUCUUAAUAAAAAUUGCGUGUACUAUGUUGAGAAA